AUGGAGAAGCCAUCUUUUUUGGAUCAAGAACCACCGGCCGGUUAUAUACCAGGUAUAGGUCGUGGUGCUACUGGUUUUUCAACUAGAGAAAAGCAAGCGACCAAUACCGACGACAGAAGCAGAAGAAUACCGAAAAGAUACCGUGAAAGCGUGAACCAUAGUUACCAAAGUCAUUCUGAAGACGAGGAAAAUAAAGAAGCUGAAAAUGUAUUCAAGACGCUUGAAUCGAAAUUAGCACAACGAAAAAAGAAAAGGGUCAAUGAGAAUAAUGAUGACAAACCAGCAGAUACAUCCAUUGUAAAAAGGCAGUUUGCUGAUUUAAAAGAAUCUUUGGCUGUUGUAACAGAGAAUGAGUGGAUGAAUAUUCCAGAUGCCACAGAUUUUACAAGACGUAACAAAAGAAAUAGGGUUCAAGAGCAAUUAGUUAGAAAAACUUACGCUGCACCUGAUUCGUUAAUACCUGGAAAUGUUGAUUUAAAUAAAUUAACGGAGGAAAGGGAAAAGCUACUGAUAUCUCAAAUAGAUGUAAAUAUUGCACAACUGAAGAAUACAAGUGGCCAUAUCCAGGUUAAUAAAUCAAAUGCGGCUACUGAUGCGCUAAGUUACCUAAAGGAUUUAGAGAACGAUAGGGCAAAAUCCCUGUCUGAUGCGACAUUGGAAGAUUUGCAGAAAAUGCGUACGAUUUUAAAGUCAUAUAGAAACGCAGACCCAACAAAUCCGCAGGGUUGGAUAGCUUCUGCCAGAUUAGAAGAAAAGGCUAGAAAAAUUUCAGUAGCAAAAAGGAUAAUAGAAAAAGGUUGCCAAGAGUGCCCAAAAAGCUCGGAUAUCUGGCUGGAAAACAUUAGACUUCACGAAUCUGAUAUUCAUUACUGUAAAACACUAGUAGCAACAGCAAUUAAAUUUAACCCAGCAUCUGCACAUCUCUGGUUCAAGGCCGUUGAUUUGGAAAGUACAACAGCUAACAAGUAUAGGGUAGUGAGAAAAGCACUUCAAGAACUUCCUCGAGAUGAAGGUCUAUGGAAACUGGCUGUUGGUUUUGAAACUGACAAAGCGCAAGCAGUGAAAAUGCUAGAGAAGGCCACUCAGUUUGUUCCACAAAGUAUGGAUCUCUUAACCGCUUAUAUUAACCUUCAAAGCUAUCAUGAUGCUAAGAUGACUUUAAAUUCUUUUAGAAAAGUUCUGCCGCAAGAACCAGAAAUUUGGAUUAAAGCCGCACUCCUGGAAGAACGCAAUAAUCCGGAUAUAGCUGUAGAUAGACUAACCCGUUUGCUCAAGAAUGGUUUAUUGGAACUCUUCAAGAAUGGAUACAAAAGGAAUUUGUCGGGAUGGUUCAAUCGUGCGGAAGCUUUAAAUGAUGAACCUAAUUCUCAUCUAACAAGUCAAGCUAUUGUUAAUGCUGUUUUGGACUUUUUUAAAGAAAGAGAUGAGCAUGAAUCUGAGUUGGAUAAUAUCGAUCAAACAUUGGAAAAGUUGCCAAACACAAUGGUAAGAAUUUUUGUUUUGCAAAAGCUCAUUCAGUGGAAUCCUUGUGAUGUAGCUCUUUGGUCUAAACUGAAAAUUGCAGCUGAAAGCUAUCAUAAAAUUGAAGAGUUAUUAACAUUUUUCCAGGAACUGCUCUUUCAUUCCAAAAAUAGUGAUGACAUUCGUGCAAGCAUUAAAGAGAAUAGUCCUGAUUUGUUUAUGAUGUAUAUAUUCGAAUAUUGGAAGUCACAUAAAGGGAAUGCUAGGCAGACAUUGAUUAUUAUUGACCAGAUUAUAAGUUUUGUACCGGACAAUUUGGACAUGCGCUUUUUCAAGAUGAAGUUGUUAGGCCAUUCAUCACAAUUUAGUGAGUUAGAAAACUUUUUUCAUAAAACUUUUAUGGCUUUCAGAGAUUGUAAAAUGAAUGGCAUAGAACGCUUAUACUAUAAGUAUGUAGAUUUCCUCUGGUAUCAAGGUUCAAAUCAAAAAGCUAUAGAAUUUUUGAAUGAGAAAUGUCUAACAAAGUUUCCCAAAUGCCACAAAUUUUUCUUACAAUUGGGCCAGGUUUAUCAUUAUAUGGGCAAUAUAGAAAUGAGCAGACAAUCAUAUUUAUCAGGUACAAGGAUAGUACCUAACUGCUCUUUAUUAUGGAUAUCGUUGUCCAAAAUUGAUGAGAUUGACUUAAGAAAUCCAGUAAGGGCUAGGUCCAUUUUAGAUAGAGGAUUGUCAAAAAAUCCUGAUGAUGCAUUACUUCAUAUUGGAAAGAUUCAAAUGGAAAUGAGACUUGGUAACUUGGACCAGGCGGCGUUGCUGACUACGCAGGCAUUACAAAAGUUCCCAAAUAAUGCUCUACUUUGGGUAGAACAAAUUAAGUUAUUGAAGCAUGCAAAUAGAAGUUCAUCAAAAAAAACCAUAUUUCAUGACGCUUUAAAAAAAACACAAAAUGAUCAUAGAGUUCUUUUGGAAAUUGGAUUAUCCUUUUAUGCAGAAGCUCAAUACCAAAUAUCAUUAAAGUGGUUGGAGAGAGCACUUAGAAAGUCCCCAGUUUACGGAGAUACAUGGGUUUGGUUAUUUAGAACAUAUGCAAGGUUAGAUAAGGAUCCUAUUGACCUUUAUAAAAUGUUUGACCAAUAUGAACCUAUUGAUGGCCCUGAAUGGAAAGCUACUGCUAAAAGCGUAAAAUUUCGAUACUGCACACCUAGAGAGAUUUUGUUACGUUUAAUAGAUAAAAAAAUAGAAUAA